AGGCAACUGAAAAUCCUGCAAACAUGAGUUAUAAGAUAACUUCACUGUUGGGCUUAGCCUUCUAUGCCAUGGUCAGUGGCCAUGCGAUAUCUGAGCAGAAAGUGGUGAGAUACUAUGGCGAAUUGGGACACAUUGGAGACAAAGCGCCCGAGCAUCAUGAGGAAUACGCUUGGGCGUAUCCCGCCUAUGAGUUCUCAUAUUUUGUGGAAGAUAAGCACACGCAUGAUAUGAAGGGGCAAGAGGAGAGCCGACACGGAGACGAGGUGAAGGGCAAGUACUGGCUGAUACAGCCCGACGGCCGCAAGCGCACCGUCACGUAUCACGCCAACAAAAAAGACGGAUUCAAAGCGAACGUUGAAUACUCCGACCCUCAUCACGAACACGUCCAGGUUGACCAUAAGCCCAUUGUGGAAGAUCCUGAUCACAAAACUGAAAUUGAGCAUAUUCCAGAAAAUAAUGAACCUGUACAUGUCGAACAUAAUGAACCUAAACAUGUCGAACAUCAUGAACCUGAACAUGUCGAACAUCAUGAACCUAAACAUGUUGAACACAGGAACAAACAUAACAUUGAAAAUAUUGAACACAAACCCAUUGUUGUGAUUGAGCCAAACCACAACAAACCUCAUUACAAGAUGGAACCGGUUCACCACAAGAUGGAACCAGUUCAUCACGAGAUGGAACCGGUUCAUGAGCGGAAAGAUCAUGACGUGGAAUCUCACCGUGUGCCAAUUCCACCUCUAGCGAUGUAUAUUCCCCGCCGGCAUAGGAUCAUAGAAAACUACCACCACCCACGCGACAACAGACGACAUUGAUAUGGCCGUCAAAUGAAAUAAGAAUAGGCUCAUUAAUUUAUAACGUCUACAUGAUUGUGAUAUAUCUUGUAACUACUAAAAAGGAUUUGUAAUCAUAAAUAUGUAAAAGCAAAUAUCAAAUAA